GACAAGACCGCAAGGAACAGCGUACAAGGCGUUGGCAUAAACAGUGCAGACGACAGUUGAAUCGAGCAGAUGACGACGUUUACCGGUAUGGAAGAUCUUGAACACUUAACUCAACGCAGCAAUAAGAACGAUGUGGGACCAUUUCGUACGUACGUACGACCUGUACUGGCUGAGUUUAUAGGUACGACACUGUUCGUAUUCAUUGGCGUGCUGUCCGUACAGUCUGGUAAUCUGGCCUCAAUAGGACUGGCGCAUGGACUGACCAUCGCGCUCCUCAUCAUGGGCCUCGGCAAAAUCAGCGGUGGACACUUUAACCCUGCUGUGUCCCUGGGAGUGUGUCUGUCGGGUGGUAUCACGGUCGUCCUCACAGUAGCCUACAUCGUGGCUCAGAUCCUUGGAGGUUUGCUUGGAGCAGCAUUCGUCAGGGCUAUACUUAAAGACAGCGUGUACAACGCCAUAGCUGGAGGAGCACAUAUCCCUAGCAUAGACGCCGGCUGGGCCGUAUUCGGGGAAAUUAUCCUGACAACAAUCCUCGUCCUCUCCGUCCUCAUGAACGCUGUAAACGAUGAAACAAAGAACGAGUUAGCCCCUUUAGCAAUUGGCUUUGCUGUAGCCGUAGACAUUAUGGCAGCGGGUAGUACAACUGGCGCAUCCAUGAACCCAGCCCGAAGUUUCGGACCGGCAGUGGCAGGCUCCGUUGUCAUCCCCCAGGACCCGUGGUCCUACCACUACGUGUACUGGGUAGGACCCGCCGGUGGUGCAGUGCUGGCAGCCCUCUUGUAUAGAUUUGUACUUAGCAGCAAUGCGCAAAACCCGUCGGUGUUCAGUAUAUCAUGCAAACCGAUCCGACCGUAUGAUGAACAGGGUUUGGAGAGUACCAAGACACACACGGUGCCAGCGGACAAACAGCCAAGCCUGAAAAUGACAGAACAAUUCAACUAGAAUCCCUCUCUGGCCGCGCAGGGCGAUAGCAUAAGUUCUAAUCGCUUAUAACCAUGCUAAGAAAACUACUAGAUAGAGGAUAUUUAAUGGUGUCUUCGGUAAUAACAAAUAUAUUUCACGAGU